AUGGAGACUGCGUGGAUGCACAAUCUGAGGCAAAGGCAAGUCCUGAUUUUCUUUGUUUUGCUGAGUGUGUCUGAGGCAGGUACCGAGCUGGGUCCUUAUUUCAUACGGGAAGAAAUGGAGAGGGGCUCCUUUGUGGCAAAUCUUGAAGAUCUGGGGGUGGAGCUGGCAGAGAUUUCCACCCGCCGGGCUCGGAUCAUUUCCCAGGAAAAUAAAGAGCAUUUGCAGCUCAAUGUUCAGUCUGGAGAUUUGCUCAUAAACGAGAAAUUAGAUAGAGAGGAGCUGUGUGGCUCCAUUGAACCUUGUGUUUUACACUUCCAAGUGUUAAUGAAAAACCCCUUACAGAUGCAAGUUGAGCUUCAGGUCCAGGAUAUAAAUGACAACUCCCCCAUAUUCUUGGAAAAGGAAAUGGUUCUAGAAAUCCCAGAGAAUAGCCCUGUUGGUUCUGUGUUCUUACUAGAAAGUGCGACGGAUUUAGAUGUAGGACCCAAUGCUGUGAAAAACUACAUCAUAAGCCAGAGCUCUCAUUUCCACAUUACAUUGAGAGUUAAUCCUGAGGGCAGGAAAUACCCAGAGUUAGUUUUGGACAAGGCACUGGACUACGAGGAGCAGCCACAGCUCAGUCUCAUCCUCACUGCUUUGGAUGGCGGGACUCCACCCAGGUCUGGGACUGCCUUGGUUCGGGUGGAAGUCAUAGAUAUUAAUGACAACUCCCCCGAGUUUGAGCACAUGUUCUAUGAAGUGAAGAUUCCAGAGAAUAGCAUCCUUGGCUCACUGGUUAUCACUGCAUCAGCUAAGGAUUUAGACUCAGGAAUUAAUGGUGAACUAUCAUAUGGCUUUAUCCAUGCAUCAGAGGAUAUUAGAAAAACAUUUUCAAUUAACAAAAACUCUGGAGAAAUACAUUUAAUAGGAUAUUUGGACUUUGAAACAACUGAAUCCUACUCAAUAAUCAUUAAAGCUACAGAUCGGGGAGGACUUUUUGGGAAAUCUACAGUAAGAAUUCAGGUGAUGGAUGUGAAUGACAAUUCUCCUGAAAUUGCUGUGUCAUCAUUUAUCAAUCCAAUCCCAGAAAACACCCCAGAGACUUUAGUUAUGAUUUUUAGUAUCCAAGACAAGGACUCAGGAGAGAACAGCAGGAUGAUCUGUUCUAUUCUGGAGGACCUCCCAUUUGUGCUAAAAUCUUCGAUUGAAAAUUACUACCACUUAGAAACUGAGGGAGCACUGGAUAGAGAGAGCAGAGCUGAGUACAACAUCACCAUCACAGUCACCGACAUGGGCACACCCAGGCUCACAACACAGCACACCAUAACACUGCAGGUGUCUGAUGUUAACGACAAUGCCCCUGCCUUCACCCAAACCUCCUACACCCUGUUUGUCCAGGAGAACAACAGCCCUGCCCUGCACAUAGGCACCAUCAGUGCCACAGACUCAGACUCAGGCUCCAAUGCCCACAUCACUUACUCUCUGCUGCCCACCCAUGACCCGCAGCUGGCCCUCAACUCGCUCAUCUCCAUCAAUGCUGACAACGGGCAGCUGUUCGCGCUCAGGGCGCUCGACUAUGAGACCCUGCAGACUUUCGAGUUCCACGUGGGCGCCACAGACCAAGGCUCUCCUGCGCUCAGCAGCCAGGCGCUGGUGCGAGUGCUGGUGCUGGACACCAACGACAAUGCGCCCUUCGUGCUCUACCCGCUGCAGAACGCCUCUGCACCCUGCACAGAGCUGCUGCCCAGGGCGGCAGAGCCAGGCUACCUGGUCACCAAGGUGGUGGCAGUGGACCGCGACUCUGGACAGAAUGCCUGGCUGUCAUUCCAGCUGCUCAAGGCCACGGAGCCUGGGCUGUUCAGCGUGUGGGCUCACAAUGGCGAGGUGCGCACCUCCAGGCUGCUGAGUGAGCGCGAUGCUCCCAAGCACAGGCUGCUGCUGCUGGUCAAGGACAAUGGAGAUCCUCCAAGGUCUGCCAGUGUCACUCUGCAUGUGCUGCUGGUGGAUGGCUUCUCUCAGCCCUACCUGCCUCUGCCAGAGGUGGCGCGCGAUGUAGCACAGGACGAGGAUGCGCUCACUCUGUACCUGGUCAUUGCCUUGGCUUCUGUGUCUUCCAUCUUCCUGUUGUCUGUGCUGCUGUUUGUGGGGGUGAGGCUGUGCAGGAGCAGGGCGGCCUCUCUGGGUGGCUGCUCUGUGCCUGAGGGACACUUUCCUGGUCACCUGGUGGAUGUCAGCGGCACUGGGACCCUGUCCCAGAGCUACCAGUAUGAGGUGUGUCUGAUGGGAGGUACUGGUACAAAUGAGUUCAAAUUCCUGAAGCCAAUUCCCCCCAAUCUACCACCCCAGUUCCCUGGAAAAGAACUCGAGGAAAGCCCUACUCUCCACAAUAGUUUUGGGUUAUUUAGUGACCAUAACUGAUGCUAUAUUUCAUAUAUGUUUCAUUCUAUGGCUAUCUCAAGGCAGUGCACAUUUCCCCCAGUUUGCAAGAUGUUCACAUCUGCUAGUAUUUACAGUUCCUUUGUGCCUCCCACUUUUCAAUUUAUGUCAGCACUUGUAAUAAGAUGCUAAUUUAUUCUGUGGCCGGUUCUCUACCUUGUAAAGACUUUACCUCCUUAAACAACACAAAAUCACCCCGAUCUGUCUUCUCCAGUUGCACCUUCCCCUUCACUGUGCUUACGAUGAAAUAAAUAGACCACUGCAGGGGUAGUUGAAAUGUCCAAGCAUAUCUUUCAUUGUCGCUCUUUUGGUAGUUCUUCUUGUGGCUUAUUA